AUGUCUGGUUCCACCACGAUUGUGGGAUUAAGCGUGGUCGCUAUUCUCGCCUCCCUCCUGUUCACUCAGCGCGCCAAACUGGAUCCCCGCGAGCCACCUCUUGUUUCAAGCACAAUCCCACUGUGGGAAACACUCUCUGCCAAUUUUCACCAUGAGUAUUCUCAAGCAAAGAGUUUAUAUCAUUGCAUCUCCAGACUUACUCCCUUCCGUGCGACAGAAUCGCAGCACCAUGUCAUUCAACCCGCUCUUCACAGCUAUGGCACAGCGGGCAGGGGGUAUUCAAAAGCCUGGUCUGCAGCUUCUCCGGGAGGAAGAACUGGGAGGCCAGGGACUUGCCAAGAAAACGGUGGAAGUGAUGCGUCCUGCGCUCCUCGGCAAUAA